CUUCAACUUGAGCUGUCCGAUGAAAUACAGAUUUAGUUUUUGAGUUUCCGAAAUUAAAUAUUACCUUUAUUUUGGUAGAACGGAGCUGCCCCUUCUAAGUACACGCUUCUUUUCCUGGGCCGGCUUAUCACAUCAUCGAGAAGGUCCAAGUUUUGUUUCUCACCCAUGAUGAGAAACUAUACACAUAUACAGGCUUAUUUAUGGUUUAAUUAUUGGCUACAAGGUGGUGGAAGAAACCUAUUGUCUAGUAAACUAAAUAGGCCACUUCUUGGACGACAACAUUCUGUAUUUCUACAUGUUACAAUUUGAAGCAAGUAUUGGC